AAGUAAUUUUCUUCUUCUUCUUCUUCUUCUUCUUCUUGAUUUCCAAACUUGGACCGGAGAAGAAAGCGAUGACAGUGGGAGCAGGAAUUGGAUAUGCUUUGUUAGCACUUGGCCCUUCUCUUUCUCUCUUCAUCUCUGUUAUCUCCAAAAAGCCCUUCUUGAUUCUCACUCUUCUUUCUAGCACAUUGGUAUGGCUUAUGAGUCUGAUAGUAAUGUCAGCUCUCUGGAGGGCUUUCCUUCCACUGAAAACUGCGGCAUGGUGGCCGUAUACAAUCCUCAUACUCACUUCAGUCGGUUUUCAAGAAGGGCUUCGUAUUCUCUUCUGGAAAGUUUACAAGAAGCUUGAGGAUAUAUUGGAUGCAUUUGCUGACAGAGUCUCUAAACCUCGUCUCUUUAUGACGGACAAGAUGCAAAUUGCUCUUGCUGGGGGUUUGGGACAUGGUGUGGCUCAUGCUGUGUUUUUUUGCCUUGGCCUUUUGACACCUGCAUUUGGACCAGCAACAUAUUAUGUAGAGAAAUGCUCAAAGAUGCCCUUUUUUCUUGUUUCUGCAAUUAUAGCCCUUGCAUUUGCUACCAUCCACACUUUCUCCAUGGUUAUUGCGUUCAGUGGAUAUGAAGAAGGAAACAAAGUGGACCAGUGUUUCGCUCCUGUUGUUCACUUAAUUGCUGCAAUGUUGCAAGAUAGAAUCCAGAACAGGAACUGCCAUGACUGGCUUACUUUUCAUUUCCUGAUUCCUCAGGCAGGACCAGAUCUGCCGAAAGAGACACUGACAAAUCUUGCAUUUGGAGGCUGCAUGAUUGGCAUUCCACUUCUGUAUUGUGUAGCAAUUGUGACCUUAGUACAUUGCGGAAAGAUGGCAUGGAGGAGAUUGAUAGAAAGCCGAAGCAGGGAAGGAAACUUGAGCAAUAGCCAAUAAGCAAGGCUAAACUUUUUCUUAUGUUUUGAUGAAUAUCAGGUUUGUAAUUGCCAUGUGUCUGAAGCAUGGAUCAUUUCAGUAGUUUAUUGUCUAAUUGGAACUUA